AUGCCGGCACCUAGGAGUCUGGACUCCCUUCCCUUCGAUGUCUUUUACCAGAUCGCCACGUCGCUGGACGACCGCGAUUGUAUUAACCUGAGCCGCACUAAUAGCACUCUCCAUGAUUUCAUGGAAAGUGACCUCAUUGCGCGCAAAACAGUCAAGAACACCCUACUUUACAGUAAAGAGGGCCAGUCUGCCUGGGCAGCCCAGACCGGUUUUCGCAAGGCUGUUGGGCACCGUUUUGACAUCCAUGAGGCGAUUGCCACCGCCGCCCCAUACUCUGUUUCCGUCUUAGCUUACGGGGCCGACUUUCUCUAUAACCAGGGCGUUUUGUGCUACCGCGUUGGGUAUGAAAUCCGCCUGCUGGAUGUGCAUCGUGCAGGUCGCCAUGAACGAGUCUUGAACCUCGGCGAACUUAUCCCUCGCUUGGGAUUCGGCCCAGCCGGUCUGGAUGUCGCUGAACGAGUCACGCUGCUCCACUAUAAUGAGGGCAUUGUCUCUUUCCGCCUGGAGCGCGUAGGUGCCCAGGAGGAUGCUCUGCUGGCGAUCGACAUGGAUCGCAGAUCGGGCCAGCCUCGAAGGAAGCGUCUGCUGCUUCAGAAGGCCAUUCCCGCGGAUUCCCCUAUCUUUGUCCACCAUAGCCGCUCCUAUAUUUGGUAUGGCACUUUUACAUCUGCCCACGGCUCGAGUGGAGUCUGGUCAGUUUGCGGAAAGGAUUUUGCUACGUCCGAGGAGAUUGAAUUCCCUCUAGACCGUAUUGUCGACGGGGAUCUAGGUCAAACGCUCUGUUUUGAGAUGUAUCAGGAGCAUCUCUAUGCAGUCUCGACCCAGGUCGCUUCAGACGACGACGAGCGUUUUUCUUCAUUUUAUCAUUGGUUCUGCUAUACACCCGGUGAAAAGAGUUGCAAAUGGAGCGGGCGCGUCUGGCGCCGCGAGCACCGCGAGGGCCCUAUCAAUGAAAUGUGGACAGACUUGUCGAUUCGUAUAGACGAGACGAACGGUCGGCCCGUCAUUCUUGAAUGUCGUCGAGAAUGGCGCGGUGGUAAGAGUGAAAACCAUCGCACAAACUAUAUUGAACCGCUACCUACACCAGAAGAGGCAAAGACGUGGGUGGAUGACGACCCGAAUGAUCCAACAGGGAACCACCAGCCCUAUAACCAGCGACCUGAAAAGCGGCUACGCAGAAAUUACCACGCUGAGUACGAGCAUAAUCAUGACCCAAAGAAGCGACUCGAAUUUAUCGCAGCUCGUACCAAACACCGCAGCUAUCACCUAGCAUCUGCAACCUUUGUCGAUCUCGUCAAUGAUCCUGCUCCUCAGGCCGACGGUGUACGAUCCCAAGACCGACUACGCCUAAGAACAGUAUCACGAAAGCGCAAAACCCCCAUCGAUGACGAAAGGACUGACGGUGCUCGGAAGAUGCUAUUCCGUUCUACGCAAGUCGACGGCCAAUCAGUCGACGGCUCCGAGGACCGAUUCGUCUCUCGCGGCGUGCACAUGUGGCCCCACGAUGACACCCCGUCUGAAAUUUAUAAUAUCCUGUGCCCCGACUCUCGUGUAGGCUCCGUACGGGCGGUCUCUGAUGAGCGGUCCAUAAUCUACUCCGUCUCAUCUGCCGGCCUACCGUCGGGCCAUCAAGCUCUCAUUCUGAUCAGCUUUGAUCCUACUAUUCGUUUUCCCAAUCUCACAUCUCUUCGCACAAUGAAGAGUUCCGUUGUUUCAGAGAACAUGUUCUCGGUUGAGGUGCCUCGACCUCAGUCACUCAACUCUUCUCUUGUGCAAGAGGCAACACCUCUUUAUCAGGCGAUCCGUCGUGGCUACUGGCUACGAUGA